AUGACAUUGAACUUUCAUUCUAUUCACGUUUCAACGAUACAUGAUCCGUUCUGUUUUCUCACGGGCAUCUGCCUCGACAUCUCGGUCAUUUUCUCACUCCUCAAUUGCCAAGAUGAAGCAUCAUUUGAUGAUCGAACUAGUAAAAAGACCGAGAUCCCGGAAGCGGAGCCCAUCUCAUGGAUGACCUUCUCCCACGAUAAGAAGGCGAUAUAUGGUGCAGCUAUGAAGAAGUGGAACAGUUUCGCCGUCAAUAGUCCGACAGAUAUCGUUCACCAAGUGUCGCACCCGGUUGCUGGUCACCCCCUGGCUCCCAGCAGCGAGACCAACACUCGUGCUAUUUUCGUGCUUGCCGCCCAUAAGCCUCCCUACAAUGUUUACGGCAACCCUUUCUACAACCACGCCGGUUAUGGCAACGUGUUUUCUGUGAAGCCCGAUGGAGCUCUGGAUAAGAAUAUCCAGAACUACGAAUAUGUCCCCAACACUGGUAUCCACGGCAUGGUUUUCGAUCCCACAGAGACCUACUUGUACUCCGCCGAUCUCACGGCUAACAAGAUUUGGACGCACAUCAAGGAUCCCAAGACGGGCGAAUUGACACUGGUCGAUUGCCUCGAGGCUCCUGAUGCUGGUGACCACCCCCGCUGGGUUGAGAUGCACCCAAGUGGCAAGUACCUAUACGCCCUGAUGGAGGCGGGCAAUCGACUGGCAGUCUAUGUGAUCGAUGAGCGCACCCACAAGCCAGUAUUCACUCACAUCACGUACCCAUUACUUCCUUCCGGGCUUCCCCCACGCAACAAGUACCGCGGAGAUGUCACAUUUUGUACCAAGGGUGGAGAAUAUCUUUUCGCCACUACCCGGUCAAACCAUUUCGAUGUGACCGGCUACAUCACUGCGUUCAAGCUCGGCUCGCAUGGAGAGAUCGAACGACAGCUCUUUAUCAACCCCACCUCGACCAGUGGUGGUCAUUCAAACGCUGUCAGCCCCUGUGACUUCAGCGAUGAGUGGCUCGCAUUGUGCGAUGACCAACUCGGAUUUGUUGAGAUGUACCGCUGGCGCGACGAGAAGCUGGCACGCGUCGCGCGUGUGGAUAUUCCCGAGCAAGGAUUUGGAAUGAAUGCCAUCUGGUAUGAUUGA